CCCAUUGAUGGGAUUCGAUUCCUUUAGCUAGUGAGUGCUGAGGCAGUUGCGGCACCUGCACUAACCGACGUACGUUCCCUAAAUUUAAUGAUUUAUAUAUAAAAAAAAAGUAAACUAUCAAAUAAUGAUUAAUUAACAACUCUCUUUAAAUACUUGCACCACCACCCACUUGAGGAGUAUCCGAGGAAGAAGAACCAGCAGCUGGUCUUUUUUCUGUAGCAAGCACUAACUUCAAUGGAUUCAAACAAAUCCAACAAGUCUAACAAGAUCAGAGAUAUUGUCAGGCUUCAACAGAUCCUCAAGAAGUGGAAAAAGCUUGCAAAUGCUCCAAAAAACAGCUCUAAUUCUAUUUCUUCUGCUACUUCCAGCAGCAGCAGCAGCAGUAGUAGUAGUACCACUAGCAAUGGCAGUAAGAGCAUCAAAUUCAUCCUGAAGAGAACACUCUCCUUCUCAGAUGUUUCGGGGGCUUCCAAUGAUGUCGUGCCGAAAGGCUUUCUUGCCGUUUGUGUAGGGAAGGAGCUGAAGAGAUUCAUCAUCCCAACACAGUACUUGGGUCACCAAGCAUUUGGGAUGUUACUGCGAGAAGCCGAAGAAGAAUUUGGCUUUCAGCAAGAAGGAGUGCUCAAGAUUCCCUGCCAAGUGUCUGUGUUCGAGAAAAUCUUGAAGGUCGUUGAGGAGAAAAGAUCAGAGGCAGUGCUUCACCUGCAUGAUCAGCUUGGUUUCGAUGCAGACAAGAUUGGGUGCUACUCACCGGAUCAUUGUGAGCUUACACCCUCUAAUCAUCCUCAAAUGUGUAGAUGAUUACUGGUCUUGAUUUUUCAUCUUGAUCGCCAGAUCUUUUUCCUUUUCUUUUCCCUGGAUGUUGUGUGAAUGCAACGAAAUGAGGAGAGGAGACGAGAGACCUGAGUGAAAUCAGGGUGGGGGAGAUCUUUUAGAGAUAAUAAGAUAGAUUUCUUUUUCAUUAUGGGAAAUAGAUAUUAGUUUGGAUAUCAUGUCCAAGUUUUAGUGUAUCUGCCAUUAUUUUGUGCAGAGGACAUCAAAUUUUCGUUCAUCGUUGCGAUUCUCUAUCCAUUCCAGUUUAUUAAUUUAAUGUAAAAUACAUGACAUUUUAAUAAUUUCAUUUGAAAUAGAGAGGAUCUUAUUUCCUGUAGUAGUAGCCUAGCCAAUGACGUCAUUCCACUGAAAACCAUAAAGGCAAUUUGUAAGGAUGGAAGAUAACAUGGAGUAUCUCACUUAGGAAUAUGAUACUCUAUUGUGAGUCUGAGUAUGUGGUAUUUACGAUCACAUUUUAUUUGAAAAAGAAGUUUGUACUCCUUUUAAUGAUUUUAAUAUAGCUUCAAUUGUAUCAUUAGUUAGUCAUCCGUUAUUAUAUACAUGACAUUAGACUUUUACAUUUUGACAAGUGAUUUUUGGAUUUACAACCUUUUUCCCAUAAACUCAGAUUAAAAGUUAUUUGGUGUUCAAACAUAAAAAAGUGAUAGUUGCAGUCGUUCGUACGCAAACGUCAAACAAUCACUUU